AUGAAGAAACUACAUAAGAGGUAUCAAAAAGGCUGCGCAUGGACAUCUAGGCUUACUCCACAUGUUAUUGGUAAGUUGAAGGAUAUUACAUCUGGAUCAAGAAAGUGUUCAUUGACAAUGGCAAGUGAGAACACAUUUGAAGUAACAGAUGUGGAUAAGUCCUAUAUAGUCAAGCUGCAUAAGAGGACAUGUGAAUGCGGGGCUUUCCAGUUGACUGGCAUUCCUUGCAAACAUGCUGCACUAGGAGCUAUUUAUAAAAAGGAGAAACUGGAAAGUUAUUGUGAUGCAGCUUUUUCAAGAGAUCAAUAUUCGAAAACAUAUGCAUUCAUGAUCAACCCAAUUCCACAUAUGAAUAGGUGGCCUCAUAUGGAAGAUGUGACACCAGCAAUAGUUUUGCCACCACCACUUAUAAGAAGAGCUAGCAGACUAAGAAGAAAUAGAAGAAGAGCACCUGAUAAAGGAGCUCUUGCAUCUCAACACAAGAAACCAAUCAGUUUUAGGUGCUCUAAGUGUGGUGCAUUUGGACAUAAUAGGAGAACUUGUCAAGGAACUCCUGUUGCUGAAAAAAGAGGCAGCAGUACCUCUGCAAAUCAGGUAGUAAGUUGA